AUUUAAAGAAAAACAAAAUGAGUGUUACAAAUCGAUUAUUAAUAACAAAAAGUCUAGUGAAUUUUACAAAAAACCUUCGACCCGUACAAAGAAACCUCAGUUCUGUCCGUUACACGCCACAAAAACAACGAAAUUAUGUGAAAUAUGUGUUAGUAGUUGGUGGCGGAGUCACCGCGUUUAUGUUUGCAAAUUUAAUGAAAAACCAAUCCAAUCGACAUGAAGCUCUCAAUCUGAAACGAAUUAAGCGUGAAGAAGAAAAUUUAGUUAAGCUGACAGCACGUGAGAGGCGAUUUAUCAAAUUUUCUUCUGUCGAAUACGACGGACAAUUGUACAUGACACCGCAAGACUUUUUGGAUUCUGUUGUCGAGCAGGAGCCAAGACCCCGCCUUAAACGAAAAGUGUUAACCGAACAAGAAGUUGCCAAAAUAAAAGAUAUAACACCACCAUUAAAGAAAGGAUCCAAUCAACUUUUUAGAACGUUAAGAGAUAAAGGAAUUAUUUCAUAUACCGAGUAUUUGUUUCUGUUAUCAGUCUUGACCAAACCCAAAUCAGGUUUCCGCAUUGCCUUUAACAUGUUCGAUACUGAUGGUAAUUCGCGUGUUGAUAAAAAUGAAUUCCUAGUGGUUAGACAAAUUUUGGGUGGCUCUUUUCAUUCACAUGACUUGGAUGAUGAAACAAGACGAAUUAUGGAACGCAUAUUUAGUGGAGCAUGGAAAGAUAAACGUGGCAAAAAUAAAACUGAAGAAGAGGCCACAGAAGAAGAUAAUAAAUCUAAACAAGAAGAGGAAGAAAAAGAAGAGGACAACUACAUUGAUGACGAAGAAGGCUUACAACGUAAACACAAAGUCGACACCACUCUACAAGUCCACUUGUUUGGCAAAAAGGGUGAUAAGGAUCUAUACUAUGAAGGUUUCUAUAAAUUCAUGGACAACCUGCAAACCGAAGUAUUAGAAUUGGAAUUUACCGAAUUUUCCAAAGGCAAUAAAGCCAUAACGGAAGUAGAUUUUGCCAAAAUUCUUUUACGUUAUACAUAUUUGGAUACCGAAGAAUAUGAUAGUUUUCUGGAACGUCUUUUGGAUCGUGUCAAGGAUGAACAAGGCAUAACAUUUGAUGAAUUCCGAGAUUUCUGUCGUUUCCUUAACAAUUUGGAUGAUUUCUCCAUUGCCAUGCGUAUGUACACAUUGGCUGAUCGUGCCAUUUCAAAAGAUGAAUUUUCUAGAGCUGUCAAAAUCUGCACCGGUUACACACUGUCACGUCAUUUAAUUGAUACAGUUUUUGCCAUUUUCGAUCAGGAUGGUGAUGGUUUGCUCUCCUACAAGGAAUUCAUAGCGAUCAUGAAGGAUCGCCUGCAUCGCGGCUUUAAAGUAAGUGGUCAUGCAUUCGAAUAUAACGAGCUAUUAGAUACAUACGAUGAACCUGAACAGCCCAUGUUUGCUGUUUGGCGUAAACGUGCCUGUCGCAAUCUUGAUCAUUUCUAUGAGCAUGACGUUUUAUAAGAAUCUCUUUUUUUAUG